AUCAUGGCUCCCUGGCCAGAGGUAGAAAAGCCUGAAACCAAUAACUAUAUUGGGGACUCUUCCAAACAUAACCAGAACAUAGCUGGGAAAGAAGGAGAUAAUCACAAAGGCAAUGUGGCUUCCCUUGGAAAUAAAGGAGAAAUUCAACCUGCGUUUUCCACAGUAGCUUUGAUAGAUGAGACAAGGCCAGAAGAAGACCCAUGGGCUCUGCCAGAACUGCAGGACACUGGGGUCAAGUGGUCAGAACUGGAUGGAAAAGGAAAAGUCAUUCGUGUACUCUAUGGGAUAGGGAAAUUCAUUAUGCUACUUGGAUUACUCUACAUGUUUGUGUGCUCUCUGGAUGUACUGAGCUCUGCUUUUCAACUGGUAGGAGGUAAGGCAGCAGGGGACAUAUUUAAAGAUGAUUCAGUGCUCUCAAAUCCUGUUGCGGGACUGGUGAUCGGAGUUCUGGUGACUGUUAUGGUGCAGAGCUCCAGUACAUCUUCAUCUAUUAUAGUCAGCAUGGUGUCCUCCACAUUGCUGACUGUCAGAGCAGCUAUUCCUAUCAUCAUGGGAGCAAACAUUGGCACCUCUGUUACAAACACUAUUGUGGCACUUAUGCAAGCUGGGGACAGGAAUGAAUUUAGAAGGGCCUUUGCUGGGGCAACAAUCCAUGAUUUCUUUAACUGGCUAGCUGUGUUUGCCCUGUUGCCCAUUGAAGUUAUUUCUGGCUAUCUCUACCAUCUCACCAAUGUUAUAGUUGAGUCCUUUCAUCUUGAAAGUGGUGAGGAUGCCCCGGAGCUACUAAAAGUUAUCACAGACCCCUUUACAAAGCUCAUCAUUGAGCUUGAUAAAUCAGUAAUAAAUGCAAUUGCUACUAAUGAUGAAUCAGCAAAAAACAAAAGCCUGGUAAAGAUCUGGUGUGUCACUGAAACCAAUGUGACACUGCAGAAUGUCACAAUUCCACCUUCUGAAAACUGCACAUCUCCUGACUUUUGCUGGACUGAGGGAAACGUGACAUGGACCCUCAAGAAUAUAACUGAAACAGAGUACAUCAGUAAAUGCCAACACAUCUUUGUAAACUCAGACCUGCCUGAUCUUGCCAUCGGGCUCAUCCUUCUGGCUUUGUCUUUGCUUGUUCUGUGCUCCUGUUUGAUAAUGAUCGUUAAGCUGUUAAACUCUGUUCUUAAAGGACAAGUGGCAAGUGUCAUCAAGAAGACAAUCAACACUGAUUUUCCAUUUCCUUUUACUUGGCUUGCUGGAUACCUGGCUAUGCUCGCAGGGGCUGGUAUGACCUUCAUUGUCCAAAGUAGUUCUGUUUUCACAUCUGCUAUUACACCCCUUGUUGGCAUUGGUGUUAUCAGCAUUGAGCGUUCCUAUCCUCUCACCUUAGGAGCCAACAUUGGCACAACUACAACAGCUAUACUUGCAGCUUUAGCAAGUCCGGGGAGUACGUUAAAAUAUUCAUUACAGAUUGCCUUGUGCCACUUUUUCUUCAAUGUCUCUGGGAUUAUUCUGUUUUAUCCGAUACCUUAUACCCGCCUGCCAAUCCGCAUGAGCAAGACCUUGGGAAAUAUAACAGCCCAGUACAGAUGGUUUGCUAUAUUUUAUCUUCUUGUCUGUUUCUUUCUUUUGCCUUUGUUUGUAUUUGCUCUGUCACUGGCAGGCUGGGCAGUUCUUUUGGGUGUUUGCCUUCCCCUGUUUCUUCUUUUUAUUGCUGUGGUUGUAAUUAAUGUUAUGCAGAAAAGGCGACCACAUUCACUGCCUGAGAAGCUCCAAAACUGGGAUUUCCUACCUCUCUGGAUGCACUCCCUAGAGCCCUGGGACAAUAUAAUUAUGUCUUCACUUGCUUUUUGUGGGAAACACUGCUGUGGCUUCUGCAAGUGUUGCAAAGUCAAUGCUGAACAGGAGGGUGCCAAAGACAAGCAGCUAAAAACUAUGGAAGUUUAUGAAAACACCAUGGCAAUGGCUGAUGAAGAAAGAGGUGGAAGAAGGGCACCAGCUGUAGCUUGUGUUGACAAAACAGGCACAAACAACACAGCUUUAUAG